CCCACACAACACACUUCAUGACAUCCAGAUGUAACAGAAUUGCAGUAAUUGUUAUUUUAUUGGUGUCCUUGAAGAUCAGCUGAUCGCUGUCUUUUGUAUUUCAGGUGGACUUUUUAUGAAGGUUUUUGAGGAUUUACAUGCUUUUAGGAGGACAGCGAACUAAAGGACUCGGACAUCGACCCCCACCCCUAAAAGAUUUGGAGGAUGUGAUGUGAAUAACUUCAUUUGUGUGGCGUCAUGUUUACUUUUAUGAACCCGGUAGCAAACUAUGUCAGAGAAAUUCGAGUACCUUGUAAACUCGAACCGAUCGAACGACCCUCGACAACUCUCCCGUUCGUGUUUGAUUCUCAGUCGAGUUCUCGAACUCAGUCGCCGCAUUCCCCUAGAACGAUAUCAACGGCACCACCCUUAGUGUAUCCUUUUGUAAGGCGAGACAUUCCCCCUGUGAAACGUCAGCUUCAUCGGGAAAUCUUGUACUUCUUUGGACGCAAUAAAGAGUUUACUAGCAACAGGGAUGCUGUCAAAUAUUACAAAGAAUCACAUUCUCUAGGAAUUUCUGUGAAUCUAGACGAUGAGGCUUCGCGCCAACUCUUUAAGUCUUCUGCACAUUGCCCGCGACAUCGAAUAUUAUUGAAACAUCGCAGGAUUGAGAGAACUAACAAUUGACGAGGAACUUACGUGCAGAAACCAAUCUCACCGUUAUUAUAUAGAAAUUGCAUUUCUUACAGUUAUUUUCCGAUAUACAUUUUUCAUAAGUAUAGUACUGAACAAUUUUUUUGAUUCAGAAUUGAUGAAAAAAUGUGUAAAUAAUUAUAGACCUUCAGUCUAUUAAAAUUUAAGGAUCUUUGGUUUUAUUAAAAAGGUAUUCAGUUUAUGUUACUCUAUAUUUCACCCCUGCAAUUGUUUUUGAAAUAGUCUGUAAAAUCUUAAUUUUUUCAAGUUUUGUUAACUAACACAUUCGUUUGUGCUUUACAGGAACCAUAUAUAUUGAAGAAGGAACUUCGUUAUGUACUUGUAAUAUUUACAUCAUUUCUCUUUCUUCUGAACAUAAUACUCUGCAUAAAAAUGAGUACCAGUUUCACAUUGUGUCAGCAGUUGUAUUGUAAUGCAGAGUUUUACAAUUUAAUUUUGCCUUUUUGCCUCUCCUCGAUGUAGAUUUAAUUAAUAUGGUUCAUAGGAGUAUUGCGUCAUAGUUGCAAUAAUAUAACUGGAUCUUUUACGGAAGAUGUUGUUGCCCUGUGUUCAUAUCAAUUGACGCCAGCGAAAUUAUGUAUCUAGCUCCAUUGUACAUAACGUCGCCCAUCGGUGCAUAUUGACACCACGGGCGACAAUAUGUUCCUGCUGAGCCUCAUGACACACUCAAAAUAGGCGACAAAGCGCACCGUACAUGUUGGCACAUAAUAGGAUUGUGCCCAGUGACCAUAAACAGGUCCUGAUAAAUGUCUUGAACAUUUUGUUGCCAAAAGGACUGUAUUGUUCUGGAGUCAGAGAGGAAGAGCAACACAUUCUUGUAUUUUUAAUGAAUUUAUAUUACAUGUUAUUUGCAUAAUCCUCCUUUUUACCGUGCAACGUGUAUUUUGAAUAUACGUGUAAAUAUUUAUAGCAUUUUAUUGCAGCUGCUCAUUAAACAUGACAACUGUG